AUGACAUCAAAUCGUUAUGAUAUUGAUGAUAAAAUAUAUAUAACCGAUUUUUUAACACAUGAAGAUAUCCCUUCAUUUAUUAAAUAUCUUAAUAAUUCAACAAUACAUGCUAAUACAUUGGCAAUACCAUAUCCAUAUUCAACAAAUGAUGGCGAAGAUUUUAUUAAACACAUAAAAUCGGAAUCAUUAAAUUCAACACGUUUUUUUACUAUUCGUUUACAGACAAAUAAUGAAUUGAUAGGUGCAUGUGGUUUACAUCGUUCAGUUGAAAAUGAAAGGAGAACAGAAAUUGGAUAUUGGCUAGGUGAACCAUAUUGGCAUCGUGGUAUAAUGCCUAAAGUUGUCAAGAAAGUAAUUGAAAUAGGAAAAAAUGAAUGGAAGAAUUUAGUUCGAAUUGAAGCACAAAUAUUUCAUUGGAAUAAAGCAUCAAUGCGAGUUGUAGAAAAAUGUGGAUUUGCACUCGAAGGAAUAUUGCGCCCUCGUUGUGGUAAUAUGUUAUUUGUCGAACCAGGUGAUCGAUGCAACCGAUUAGCAUGUAAUACAUGUCCAUAUAUAUGUGAUAUUGUAACUAAAAUAACAGAUCGACAAUAUACAAGUUUAAAAGCAGUUGAUGAUGUUCUUGGUGGUGCAGCAUCAAUGGAUAAUGUUGAUAAAACAGAAGUAACAUGUCCAAAAUGUGCUCAUACACAAGCAUAUUUUAUGCAAAUGCAAACACGUUCAGCUGAUGAACCAAUGACAACAUUUUAUAAAUGUGUACAAUGUGGUCAUCGUUGGAAUGAUUAA